AUGCGCGACCGGGGUGAGCUCCCCAAGGCGAGGUCCAUUCUUAUCAUGGACAACUUGCACGCGCAGACCACGGACGAGUUCACGAAGUAUCUUGCGAAGCACUGCAACACUCUCGCCUGGUAUGACCCUUCGUUGUGCACGGACGAGGUGCAGCCAGUUGAUUCAGGAGCCAGACGAUGUCUCAAGGUGGAAGUCGGGAGGCAGAUGGACAUAUGGCUCGAGCAGUCGGACAACCUCGAGAGGGGAGAAACCGCGUCGCUGACAGCUUCUGAUCGGCGCGUCCUAAUCACUCAGUGGAUGGGAGCGGCCAUGGCAAGACUCAACAGCCAACAGGCGUACCGACACCGUCUUUUCCAAAAGUGCGGGAUGGCCAUGACCGUGGACGGCUCGGGCGAUGAUCGAAUCACCUUGGAGGGUUUGGACAAGCCGUAUACCUUCGCUAACGAUGAAUGCAGUAGCGACGACGAACAAGGUUCGGAGAACGGCAACGAUGAGCCUGAGGGACGGGCGGAGGAGGGCGAUGGAGGACGUGAGACGCUCAUGGAGGGCGUUGACUCCAGCGAUGAAGACGACGGAGACAUCUCUCAACCCCAGACCGACGAGCUAGCUCUUCUGGACGACGACGACAGCACGAACCCACAAGACCCGGAGGAUGAGAUACAGGGAGUGGAGAGCCCGGCAGGCUUUCGGAUUCAAGAAGCUAAAUCCGAUGCCCUUGACAGAUUGAUUUUCCGGCGUGGAGUGCUCGUUAGGCUGGGCAUGGGGUGGUUUGGAGGGCUGGUCACUCAACAAUCUCAGAAGGAAACUCGCCACCUGUACGACUACUGUGUGCAGCUGGAGCUAGACCAGAGUACGCGCAAGAUGAAGUUGUCCUAAGUCAAGUACAGCGGAGAUUCGGAUGCGGCUGUAGGCUCGUG